UUCAGAUGAGACUUCAGUACUAUUUUGCAAGAAAGAGAGAAAUCCAAGUGAAGAGCAGUUUGGGAGAGCUUGUGUAAAACCUUCUAGUACCAUGGAGUCAACUCAACAUUCUUCCUCGCAAAGUCUGACCGAAGCACAGCAACAACAACACUCUAUGUUGGCUGCGUCUGACAUGCCCGCAUUAGCCAUGUCCUCAUCGUCUGAGCCUCGUGCUCUGUCUGCAUCCAUUGCCGAGACCACUGCUGGGCUGUCAGUGAUGAAUAAUGGAGACAACAGCGGUGAGAGGUCCUCAGCAAUGGGAGAAUCUAGCUCUAGCAUCGUUUCUCCCAGCACAGCUGUUCCUGAGGGGAAGAGCAAGGGUAGAAAUACCAACCAGCUGGCGUUUAUCCAUAAGGUUCUGACCAGACAUAUGUGGAAGCACAAAUACUGCUGGCCGUUCACCACGCCGGUCGAUCCCGUCUCUCUCAGGAUUCCGGACUACUUUGACAUCAUCAAGAACCCAAUGGACCUGGGCACGGUUCGCAAACGUAUCGAGAAGAACGAGUACAGCAGUGGUGCACAGGCCAUUGCUGACAUCGAACUCGUCUUCAAGAACUGCCGGCUCUACAAUACUCCUGCGUCGGAUGUUCACAAUAUGGGCAAUGCUGUUGAAGACAUCUUCAAGAGCAAGAUGAAAAGCAUGCCUCCAGUGGAAGAGGAGCUGGUCCCUGCCAGCGUCAAGCGAGCACGAAAGGCUCGUCAGCAAGCCGAGGAAAAGCGCAAGAAGAAGGAGGCCGCGGAGGAGGCCCUGCGUCAGCGGCAGUUGGCGGCUCAGGCACAGGCCGCCGCUGCACCGAAACCAGCAGCGGCAGCAACAACGGCGAUUCCUGGUCUCGCGUCUGGCAUUGGAAUAACGGCGGCCCGUACAAUGGCAGCCGCCGCCGCUGCUGGAGUUUCCGCUCCCGGUCCUGCGGCGGGUGCUGGCAGUGGUGCUGCGCAGGCACCUGUUGUCACCGCCACGCUGUCCGCCAAGACAACUGCAACGUCAGCAGCAGCGGCGGUAGCAGCAGCACAGCUAAAGGAAUUCGAGCUGAUCCCGGCCGGUUCCCGGCCGGCGCCGCUGGUCAAGGCCCCCUCUCACAAGCCGGCGCGCCAACAAGUCGUCGCGAUUGAACAGCCAUUGCUGACCAUGGCCCAGCAGCAACUCCAGCAGCGUCAGCAGCAGCAGUCAUCCUCCCGGCCAGCAGCAGCAGCGGCGGUUGCCGCGGCAGCAGCAGUGCCAGCACCGCUGGCUGCCGAGCCGCCACAGGCAGCAUCACUUUUCCCUCGCAUGCAGAGCGACUUCCAGUCCCCGGCGGGUUUCCCCACCAAUGCCGUUGGCCAGGCACCAAAGAAGAGCAAGAAGUUGGUCAAGCGGGAAGCGGACACAACCACGCGGGGCGGCAAGGGCAAUCGACUGGCCACGGCGCAUCGGCGCGGCUCAACCCGCACAGUGCGCAAGCCGGUUCGCGACCUGCCCGACACGCCGCCGCGCAAGAUCAAGCUUAACGAUCGCAUGAAGGCGUGCCUGCAGCUCGUCAAGGACCUGCUGUCCAAGAAGCACGUCGACUACAACUGGCCCUUCCUGCAUCCGGUCGACUACGUGACGCUAAAGCUGCACGACUACCCCUCCAUUAUCAAGCAGCCAAUGGAUCUCACCAGUGUCAAGGAGAAGUUCCCCACCUACCGCACGUCGGACGAGUUUCUCGCCGACAUGCGGCUGAUCUUCUCCAACUGCUACCUGUACAACAGUCCGGAGUCGAAUGUUGUCGACAUGGCGCGGCAUCUGGAGGCUGCUUUCAACGCUGGCGUUGAUGCACUGCCAGCGGAGUCCAGUGAUUCGUCCCAGUCUGAAUCGGACAGUGACGAGGCAGAAGAGGGCGACAGUGGAGAUGGAAGUGACUCCGACAGCGAUGGCGGAGACGAUAUAGACGAGCAGUCUCGCUCCAGGAAACUCACUCUGCUGCAAGACCAGGUGGGGAGUGUUGGUCCACCCCUUCGCGAAGUUCAUGAUAAGUUGAACCAGCUGACCAGCGAGUCAAGCCGUCCUAAGGGCACCAAGCGCAAGCACAACAAGCAAACCAGCAGCCACACCGCAGCCAGCGGUGGCACCACCAGCGGCAACAGCACCAAGACGUCCUCGUUGGCUGGCGGUGGCGGCGCCAAACGACGCAAGGCAGCCGAUGAGCGCGGCGGCAAGGAGGCAGAGUCUCCGUCCAUCACGGCCAUUGCACCUCCGGCCAAGAAGAAGAAAUCCGCGAAGAAUCUGUCCGCCACGGGUGCAUCUGCCGUACUCACACCAACGGCAGCCUCUCGUCCGGUCUCCUCUCAGCUAGCAAACUCCGCCAGCAAGUCAGCAGCUGCUGCGGCUGGCAAGGCUACCAAGGCGAAGCCGAAAAAGAAGACGAAGUCUGCCAAAGAUACCGCUGCCAAAACUGCUGCGAGCCACGGGCCGCUAGCGAAGCGGGCGCCGACCACACCAGCAGCGAGCGCCGCGUCUAUCAUCGCUACCACUUCGUUCAGCGACGAGGAUGAUGUGGCUGACGACGCGCCGCCCAUGACGUUCGAACAGAAGCGUGACCUCAGCCAGAACAUCAACAAACUGCCACGUGACAAGUUAAUGCCGAUAUUGCACAUAAUUCAGGGACGCGAGAAAUCUCCUCGUUACAAGCAACAGGCGGCCGAAAGUGGGUUCGAGGUCGACUUUGCGGUGCUUGGGAAUUCUACACUUCGGGCGCUGGAUGCAUAUGUCAACGAGCUUUCCCGCAAGAAGAAACCACAGACUCAAAAGAAGAAGGUAACUGGUGAAUCGCGGCAAGACAACUUGGCACGGCAGAAACGCGAGCUGGAGGAGCGAUUGACUGACGUCAGCACUCGCCUGGUGGCCGCCACACCGAAGAAGAAAGCGGCCGCCGCAGCAGCCGGAGCUGCCGGCAUCGGCGGCACGCCUUCACCGGGCAUGGCGGCGACGUCCGCACUCCACAGUCGCGGCGUUGGCGGUGUUCUAGGUGAGCCGCACUCUGACAACCCCCUGAUGGCCCAGCUGCCCGAGCGUGCCUCGCUCAGCGACAGCGGGAGCAGCAGCAGUGGCAGCGACAGUGACAGCGACAGUGGCAGCGACAGCGAUUCCUCCUCCGGCUCUAGCUCUGGCUCUGGCUCGUCGUCCGGUUCCAGUGGCUCCUCGUCGAGUUCCAGCGGCUCCGACUCUGAUUCCGAUGAUGGCAAGAAGACCGUUCAAGCACCAAUAGCCGUACCGCGACAACAGCCUUCGGCAACAGCUUCCGCCGCCAGCAGCCGUCCCGUGUCCAAGCCGUCAUCUCCUGCCGAUCACAUGUCCGCCCUGGCCGCCCUCAAGGUCAAGUCCGGGCUUCAAGCUAGUGCCUCGAAGAGUCUGGCGAGUGGCAUUUCUGCCGCUGUCGGUCGCCAGAGCAGUGUGCCGGUGUCGACCAUAUGCGGCCGCAGGAGCACCAGUCGGCCGGUCUCUCCCGCACUUAAGACGUCGCCCAGUGGUUCUCCGUCGGGCGGUUUUCUUGGCAGGGCUGGCUUUGGCAUAGGUGGUGGUACAAGCCCAGGUCAGCAGGCAACUGUCAAAAAGGAGACAGAAACGAAGAAGAUGGAAGUGAAGUGGGCCGACGCCUAUAAGGGUGUCAGUUCCACCAAGGCUGCUUCCAGUGCCUCUACGAAUAGCUCAGCUUCCUCAGUAUCGCGUUCGUCAUUUGAGGAAAUUAAGCGUCUCAAGGACGAAAACGAUGAGAAGGAGCGACGCAGACAGAUUGAGGCCAAGGAGAAAGCAAAGCAGGAGGAGGAGAGGAAGCGCCUCGAGGCGGAGAGGAAGAAGAUUGAGAGCGAGUCCAGUGCCAUGCGACUUCUGGAGCAGCAGGAGUUGGCCAAGAAAGAGGAGAUGGAGCGUCGUCGGCAGUUGCGAGAGCAGGCGGCCAGGAUGCGCAAGGAAGAAGGGAUGCAAGUCAACUUGACGGAGCAAAUGGAUUUGCUGUCCCAGUUCGAAGAAUCCAUGUAGGCAGCCAUUGCCACGCUCGUCAAAGUCCAAGCUCUGAGUUGCAUCCCGUUCUUUUCGUCUCUGUCCACGGCUGUGUGUAGCCGCUGCCCUGUUUCUUCUUGCUCAACCAGUUUUGUUGCAACUUUGCUCCUGUGUCCCGCUGUUGACGGGUAUCGUCCCGCUGAGCAAGCUGGUCUUUUUCGUGAACGCUACGGCGUCGUUGCUUUAAUCUCCCCGUGGCCUGUUAGAUUUCAUUACGUCGGCGUCGGUGUGCUGAUGGUGGUCUAGCAGGCAUGGCAAUGGUAAUGCUUAGUAAUUGUCUACUCUCGGCCGACGUCACCCGAUGGCUUCCGCUCUAAUAUCUUCGUUGUGUCGUGUGUAUUGUCUAUAGCCGAGCAACACUACAGUGUGUGUCCCGUAUACAUGCAUUGUGCUGAUGCUGACAGCCGUCCAUGCAGCAAUCUGCUCAGGCCAGUGUUGACAUCCGCUCCAUGCUGUACGCUACGGGCUGUAAUUGCAGAGAAAAUUAAACGGAGAAAACACCAACAAAAGAAACCGACUGUACUCUGUCGUCCGUGACUGUGUGCGCCGGGAAACGAAAACCAACGUAGCUGUAAAACUGAUACUCUAACCUGAUGGGAGCCGUGACUAAACCCAUCGUCCGCAUCUAGCCUUGCUGGAGAACCAUGCACCGCCGUGCAUCACUGCUACCGACUCUAUCUUGAGAAUGUGGUGCGCCGCUGCUCGUGUCCUUGUUGUUGUUGCUGUCGUCGUCGUCGUUGUUUGUUGCUGACUAACAUUGGAUGCAGCAGAGGUGUGCCAACUACCUACGGCACUGUGCUGUUGCCUCUGCUGCUGACUUGGUCCUGUGCCUGCGUGUUCCUGCCUACGCUGUGCUGCUUUUAGGUCUAGCUGCAUUUUGCCCCUCUCUCUAUAUUUUUUUAAAUCUUCCGAUCUAGCCACCACCACCACCGUCCCUGCCAUCACAUCUCUGCCUCCGUGCUCAACGGCGGUGAGCCGCUUCACGUGCUGAAGGCUUCGUCCUUGCGAUAACACUUUCCUAGCCUCUCCGGUUGUGGUGGUGAGUGGCACGCCCUGGCCUGUCUGCUGCGUACUUGCCUGUCCAGACUGCGAAAGCAGCAUGCCUUCCAGCAGCAGCAGCUCCUGUUUGGCUACUUCCCCACAUGGCGCUGAACUUGCCGUGUGUGCGUGCGUGGCUGUCAAGCUGGUCACGUAGUUGCUAGCGUUGAGCCUAUCGGUUGGUCUGUUCGAGUCCAUCCGGCGUUCUCUUCUCUUCUGCCGAUUGCAACGCAGCCUACCCGCCACUGUGCCUGGAAACAAGCUCUGGUUGUGUGUGGACGGGGCUAGUCAGCUGGCUCUACCCCCUGUCAUGUUGGUGAUGCUGGUGCCGCUGCAUCAGCAGUGUCAGCUUUCCGCUUGACAUCUCCCUUUCUUUUACUUUGGUUUGUCGCUUUCUCCUGACCAACCCGCCGUCUAUACGCGUGGGUGCAGGGUUGUCAUGGAUCGUGUUCAUCAUUAUCAUCAUCAUCAUCAUCAUCAUCAUCAUCAUCAUCAUCUUCUUCUUCUUCAGCACGCUCUGCGAAUCAUGUCGGCCAAUCCCACUAUCGUUACUAUUGCUACCAUCAUCGUCAUCAACCAUUAACAUCAUCAAUUCAUCAUCAUCAUCAUCAUCAUAAUCUGUCUUAUUUGACUAUCAAGCAAAAACAAGUUCAGCUGAUUUCCUCGCUCUCGUCUUUGUUCCCAUUGCCCAUGUCAUUCACCUAAUUGCUGUGUGGAGGAGGAGGAGGAGAAUGGCCGCAUGCAACUGCCCCGUACUGUUCCGUCAUGCUGGUGCUGGUGCUGUUUAUUUAUGAAGAGUAUUAGGGGUGUCGUUGCAUGCUUGAGAGCGUUAGAGGCCGCACGCCGCUCCUGUCCCCCAGCUGGCCGGCCGAAGAGUUUUCGCCGUGUCAGUCUGGUUGCUAUGGCGUCGACGUCAGGGGCGUUGUUGCCUGGGUGAUUGCACGGCACGGUGGUGACCCCCAAGUGCUGCCCGCCUUGCCUAACUCGACACAGUGCUACCCUCGCUGGCCAGUCCCCGCGUGUGUGUGUGUGCCAUCCGUGCCUCGUCUCAUCUCUCUCAUAUGCGUCUCGUUAGAUCGGGCAAGGCUGCUCCUCUAAAUGCCUUCUCACAUGUCCAGUUUGUCCGGCUGCUAGAAACGACGAGACAGCAGCCAGCAUUGACUCACAGGCUCUUGAUAAUCUCAACCUAUUUCUCUCUUCUCUCUCUCUCUCUCUCUCUCUCUCUCUCUCUCUCUCUCUCUCUCUCUCUCUCUCUCUCGUUUUUUCUUUUCUUUUCAGUGCCGAUCCGCUCACACCCUGUUGUUUGGGUUGGACGCUGAUAUUGGCACGCUAACAUUGCCUGGAUCCUCUCUUUCUCUCUCUCUCUCUCUCUCUCUCUCUCUCUCUCUCUCUCUCUCUCUCUCUCUCUCUCUCUCUCUCUCUCUCUCUCUCUCUCUCUCUCUCUCUUUCUUUCGCUCUCUUAUUUUCAUCUUCUGUGUCUUCGCACUCCCUUCUCCUUCUUCUUUUUAUUCUAGUUAUCUUGCGUUGUUUUGCUUGACGGCCGUCUAGUUGUACCCCGGGGGCACCGUGCAUUGCUUUGCGUAAGCUCCUGGGUCUCUUCUCAAUCGGUGACCGUGGCCAUGCAGCCAUCAUGUCUGUGCAUUUUACUAUGCUUACCGCGAAUACCGUUGCUACGAUUAUAAUUUGUCCUAUCUUGUACAGCAGUGCAGCAUUGUGUCAUGGUUCACCCCGGUCAUGGGCCGGCGUAUUGUUCUGAA